GGAAGCUCAGUAAGCUCGCUCAUGGCUUCCCCAUUUAACCACCUCCCUAUCUCACCUUUUUCCUCUCAAACCCUUUUCUCCUCUCUUCUUCUUCUUCUUCCUCUUCUUCAUUCUGUCUUUUAUCUCUGCUUCAGUCAUGAUGAAAAUGAUGAAACUCAGCCCGAAACAUCUGUUUCGGUCCAAGAAGAGUACUAGAUCGGUGUCCCGUUCUGGGUCAGACCCACCGUCGUUCGGCUCCGGCACGUCAUCAUCGUCUGAUUCCUUGACGACCCAACUCAAAGAAGGUGGUGCUACAACACCCAGAAGCGUCCUCCAUUCUCACUCCCACGAGAUAUCCGGCGACUGGUCCGAUUUACAGGCGGACUUCCACUUCCAGCUCGUCGAAGCGUUUAAGUUCAUUGACAGAGAUGGGGACGGGAAAAUCACGAGGCGCGAGCUCGAGAACAUCCUUAGCCGGCUGGGCGCCGACACGCCGAGCGAGGAGAUGCAGAUGAUGUUGAUGGAGCUCAUGGAAGUCGAUCGGGAUGGCGAUGGCUGCAUAAACUUGAAGGAAACCGGCGCCACCAGCCCGGCUUUCGGGCCGUAUGAUGGGUCGGAGCUCCGCGACGCAUUUGAUUUCUUUGACGCCGGCCGCGACGGUAAGAUCUCGGCGGAUGAGCUGCACAGAGUAUUCACGGCGCUAGGGGACGACCGGUGCACGAUAGAGGAUUGCCGGCUCAUGAUCGGCGGUGUUGAUACCGACGGUGACGGAUUCGUUUGUUUCGAGGAUUUCUUGAGAAUGAUGGAAGGACGGAUGAACUGAAGUCGGAUUUUUCGUCCCUUUUUUUUUUAAUUUUUGACAGGCUUGAGUUUGGUUUAGAUAAAUGAUGAUCAAUCAACCAAAUCUCCAGGUCUCGACCGAUUGAUCCGACGGUUGGGACUGGUCGAUCAAUUGUGUAUCCUAUCUUUGCCCAUAUGUGAUAUAUAGAGAAGCAAUCACUUAUUAAUCAUCAUCAUCAUUUAAUCAAUGAAUCAAUCAAAAGUAUUUCUCAUUCAA